CUCUUUAACUUAGAAUGAAAUAUCAGUGUCAAAUGGAUUGUUUGAUGGUAUCUUUAGUAAAGCACAUACUUUUUUGUAUUGGGCACGUAUUGCUUCUAACAAUCCAAGGAUGUCAUGUUCUUCAGAAUUGUCACGAGGAAAGGAAUCAAUCAGAGUUUUAACUUUUAAAAGUUGGUUGAUUAUUUUAUCAGAAUGUGUUAUAUCCUGCUUUUCAUAUGCUUCAAUAUAUUUACUAACGAUGCCUAAGUAAUAACCUAAAAUGAAUAAAUAAAGUGUAGUAGUAACUUUUUAUCAUAAAUGUAAAUGACUUUAUAAUAAUACACAUUGUACAAUGAUGUUAACAAAAUAUAUUUAUGGCUUUACAAACUAAAUUGAGAAACUAUUCAGUUUCACCACAAAAAUAAUAAUUUUAGGCACCAUUAUUAUUAUAUGAAGCACAGUAAAUCACUCCGCACUACAUAUUCUGUAGUCAAUUUAAUUACGAGUACAGUUUAUGUGCCAGAGAAACAUGUCACUCUAGUCACUCACACUGCCAACCUGAACUAGAACCCCUUUUAAACUGUGAUAAAUUGCUAAACACUAGAUGGAGUUUUCUAUAGGGAUGUGAUCAUAUGUUUUACCUAUAUUUCUAAUCAUGAAUAGUAUUUUUGGCGUAAUUGAACCAGUGGGUAAGAUAAAUAUUACCAAGUUCGCGGCCUAACUCAGCACCCUUAUGAUAGCCUAGAUGAUAUCCUUCUGGAUUGCCAGCUAAAGUACCAGCUUUAUAACCUUCAUCAUAACUUUCUUUAUAGGCUGCUUCUUCACUCAUAAAUAUGUCGUCCAGUACAUCAUUAAAGUCUUUAUCUUCUGCCAUUUACCAAUAGAAAAACUUAAAGAUGUAUAGUAACGUAAGUAAAUAAAAAGAUUUGCUUGUUUUGUUUUAUUUUGAUUUUGAGGUUAUUUAUUUGGACAUGGCAUACAUUUUUUUUAAUUCUCCUUUUUCUAGGAAGGCAAGCGGAACAAUGCCGAUACAGCCUGGUCUUAUUUUACUUCUUGAUUUUAUUUCACUUAUUUGUACCCCAAUAUUAAAGGGUAUUGAAGCAUUUUUUUUUAUAUUCUUGUUAUUCCUCAAACUUAAUGUGUUAUUAUGAUUAUGUUUUUAAAUGUACAUUUAAAAAAUAUAUUUUUUUCUAAUAUCACAAAGAAGUAAAAAGGCAGUUAUGGGCCUACCACACGCACGAGCUUCACCACAGUUUUGCCUGCGCAGGCCGGUUUGUAUACGGAACACGGUGCGUGUAGUUGGUAAAACUGUAUCACGCGCCAACCCCACAGCGUGGCCUGCGCACUUUUCGACUUGCUUGAAAUUUUGCCUGCGCAAGCCCGGCCUGCGCGUACUUGUCUGUGCGUGUGGUUGGGCGUUCAGUGUUCAAGCCCCAGUCGAGUGUAUUUUGAGUCGAGGCUCGCUCGUCGUUUCAUGAGGUCAUUCGUCAUCGUCACUCGAAAAUGGCAGAUUUGCGUACAAUAUUUGUUUAUACAAAUCUGUGCCUGCACUCUGGAAAAUUAAAUCUAAAGAUUAUUCCGACUGAAAUAAAAAGAAUGACACUUACGAAAGAAUGAUAAAUAAAAUGAAAGAGGUAAGAGCAUAUUUUUUGCAAUUAAAUACCUAUGCCUAAUACCUACUACCAACUACUUGCACAUAUUAUGUACAUAUCCUAUCGUUUUUACAUGUUCUUUUUAAUAGAAAACACUUGAAAAAUAUUAGCAUAAGAAAUGUUUCUUCAUUAGGAAACAUUGUUUCCACGCCAAUGAUUUCGAUAAGAAUGAGGCUUGCGCGUACUUAACUGUGCCGUGUGGUAACGCACAAAGUGUACAGUUUUUUCGUGCGAGAUGCUUGCGCAGGCCAAACUGUGGUGAAGCUUGUGCGUGUGGAAGCGCAUUACAAAAGCAAAAUAGAAAUAUAACUUUUGACACAAAACUGUUUUUAUUUUUAUUUGCAAAUUUGACAUGACAUAUUACUGGCAGUGUUGCCAGAUCUUUAAACCGGUGUUCCCGUAAUUUUCAUUGCCAAAUUCCGUAUGAAAUCCGUAUAAAAAUUUAAACCUAGAUUACCGAUACCAUUUAGUUUAAUUCAAGAACAUUUUAUUAUUAAAAGAAAUUUGUUAUGAGAAAAAAAACCUAAUUCUAACUUUAGUAAGUCAAUGGUUUCAAUAUUCUGUCUUCUCUAAACUUAAAACUUUUAACUUCGGUCUAUCCUUUUCAUUCUGUAUAAAGAAUGACAAGGAUACACUUUUGUGAAAUUAAAGUUUAGGGUAAGCCAAUUAUGUCAGAAUCUGAAAUUAUAAAACAAAAACGGUUUCCAACCAUUUUAUUUGUAUGUACAAUAUACAUUUUAGUAUUUCAUUUCAGUAUCAGUUAUUUUUAAUCAAUGCCGCCUUCUAUGUCAUAAUAAUCUUGAAGUGCUCGUAAUGAUAUCAAUUAAAGGUAUGUUCAAAUUUUUUACGGAUACCUUACGGAUUUGAUUAAAAAUUUCCAUACGGAAUUUGGCAGUAAAAUUACGGAAACACCGGUUUAAAGAUUUGGCAACACUGAUUCAGACUACUGGCGGCACUACACUUGGCGAUUCGGUGUUUGCGUUUUUGUGUACAGUGCGAUUCAACUAAGAAUAGGACGUAAUAACUGUCAAUUAAACCCGGGUAGAGUGAGCAAAAAAGUUUUUCUUUGAUAAAACUUAUUUACCAAGAUUAAGUGAGAAAAAAUAUCAGAUUUAAAAAAAAACAUUUUUACUAUUAUAUUUUAUUUUACGAGAGAAAUAAAAACAUCAUUAUUUAUAAUAUUUAUUUAUUAAGACUGAGUUGGAAAAAAAAUAAUUAGAAUCUAGCUCUUUAAUUCCGCUCAUCUCUGCAAUAUAUUUUUUUUCUAAAUAGCUUCGCACGGCUUGUGCAUUUAGCCAAUGUGAAGUGUUAAAAUGUUUACAAAUACUAUAGCAGUCGUGGUUACAGUAAUAAAUCAAGUCAAAGUAAGUGGCAGUCAAGUCAAUCCCCCUCUCCUUAUGUUUCAGUAAAAGUGUGGGGAUUUACCUCCCCGUGGACUUCUUGAGGGAACGUCGAAAGACACUUUCCGCUAUUUUGUUUCACGUGCCAACACUUGUGCAUGUUCCCGAACACUUAGUGGUUAAUAAUCCACCACUAUUAGACACUAACAUCCGCCACAACACAAUUUUUAACAAGAAAAACAAAACUGCUUAAGUGGCGCUCCCGAUACCGCCAAAAAGUUCAUCUCUGCACUACCAUCGGUGAAGUCAUUAUCAGCAUCACUGCUUCAUUCAGCUAUAAAAUAAAAUAUCAAUUAUUGUAGGUUUUAAAACGACAAGUUUAUUUACAAUAAAACAUUUUUUUUUAUUACCUGUAUUUAUAAUAAAACUAAAGUUCUUAUAUUUCCCCUUUUCAGUACUCAUUUUCUAUACGUUCACAUGAUUUAUUUCCUUUUUAUGUUUACAAAUGUUUGGUUUUUAUUAUAAGAUUAACUCAGUGCUAAAAAUGUGUUCCAAGAUAUUUUUGCAAACCGUACUUUUCAAGUGACUUGACAGAUGGAGGUCACUGGCUUCCCUAUUCUUAUGGCAUAGUACAAUUUUUUGGAAAAAAAAUACGAAAAGGGUAUUACAAAUACACGACAAUACGACCAUCCAUAAUAAUUGGCGUCUAGGAACGAAUAAUCACGGAUUAACGAAGAUAAACACAAACAUUACGAACAUUUGUGAUUAAACCAAUGUCAAGUAAGUGACACUGCCUGUCACUUGCUUGACUUGGUUGCUUUCACAAAACGUCAUUCUAAGUUAAAAAAAAUAUAAUAAUUUAUAAAUAUGUCAUCAGAAAUAAUUAGUCUAAAUGAAGUCAAUAAACAUAAAACGAAGAAAAGUUGCUGGAUGGUAAUUCAUAACCAAGUAUACGACGUUACAAAAUUUUUGGAAGAGCAUCCAGGUGGAGAGGACGCUCUCUUAGAAUAUGCAGGAAAGGAUGGAACUCAAGCUUUUGAAGAUGUUGGGCACAGUGAAGAUGCUCGAGAAUUACUGAAAAAGUUCAAAAUUGGUUUAUUACCUCAAGGAGAACGAGCAAAGGAUGUAGCAAAACAUUGUGACGGCAGCGGUGGCGGUGGCGGUGGCAAACUGAAAUGGGCGCUGUUGGCUUUAGCUGGAGCAAUCGUUAUAGGCGUCGUGUUGAAAAAAUAUAUGAGCUAGAGGAGAAAAUAAAAAAUAGGGUUCCAAUACUGCAUGUUUAGAGAAUAGACGUGAUUAAGGCUAGUUGUAAGCCAGUCAAUGUUACUUCUAUCAUUAAACGGCUUUAGAAAAGACAUUAAUAUAAUUAACUAGCGGCCGCCUGCGACUUCGUACGCGUGGAGUUAGUUAGAAAUAAAGGUUCACUGCUCGUUCCCCAUAGGUCAUAGUGUGAUAAUAUGUAGCCUAUAUGUUGACCCGACUUCUUAAUAAUAUUCGUGCCAAAUUUGAAGUAAAUCCAUGCAGUACUUUUUGAGUUUAUCCCGGACAUACAUACAGACAAACAGACAAAAGUUCUUAAAUUUAUAUAAAAAAAAAUUCAAUGUACAGUUUUGACUUUCCUACCAUUUUAUUAUAUGUAUAGAUAACUUUUUUCAGGCACCUGUCCCACCGCUAGCGAGGAUGUGAUUAGCUUCGACAACCGAUUUCUCGAUUAAGUGACGUACAAUAGAUUUCUGUAUACAGAGAGAUGCAAUAUCAGCUACAAGUUGAUUGAUUUGUGCUGCUGGCAAGCACAUUUACUUUGUUACAGACGUGUUUUUGCUCGCCAAUGUUUUUAAGGUUUUAGCUAAUAUUUUUUUUGCUGAUUGUGAGAGGUGGGUGGAAGACGGGUGCCUUAAAAAGGUGAAACUUAAACGUGAUCGAUUUUAAACUUAUAUUUUAGUAAAUUAUAUCUAUGUUAUCGGCAUAAUAUACUUAUAAUUGUUACAAAAGAGAUAAAUUACGUAGGUACAAAUUUUUAGGCAGUAUGACUGUUGCAUAUUAUAUUUCUUGACAUAUUUUAAAAUGUUGCUAAUCAGGGUAGUUUAUAAACAUAUGGUACUAAAACCUGUAUUACGAUAAUGUGAUAGUUUAAUUGUAUCCCCAGACGAUCUUGAAAUGGAUUCCCUAGACAACCUUGCGGGAUGAUGUACGUUUCCAGGAAUAAUACGUUUACGUGAAUUAUGUUGCUGUAUGAGUAGUUUGUCCCUUUUUGCAAGUCAUUUGUAUGCAUGAUAGAAAGUUAUAGCAUGUAACGUAGCAUGUUCGUCUAAGAGCACCUUAAAGCAUUCCUAAAUAGAAUUACAGCUUCUAAUAUUGUCAUGAGCCUAUUGUCGAAGUUAGUAACAAGUCUAAUAUGGAGGCUAUAAAUUCGAUCAAUAAACCUUUAUAUAAAAAUUGAGUCUUCCUAAUAUACUUCGAUAUGAGAAAGUCAUAAUACUGCACGUUAAUUUAUAAAAUAACUGUACCACUACGAUAACUUUUACAUUGGAACUACAAAUAAACACAAGAUUGUUAUUAUUAGUAUAAGAUUUUUAUUCUUAAUUUGAUUAAUUUGUUUAUCUAUUAGAUAAAAAUAUUUAGAAUAUACUUUAUCAUCAUUGCCCUGGUGAACCCAAUUGCUUGUAAUGUAAUUUUGUUAAAUUUCGAGUCUAGUUAAUAGCACAACAAUCUAUCACAAGGCAAAUAAAUGUUUUAUUUGAGCAUUUAUUUUUAUCUAAAUGUUAUUAUUAUACAAUAUUAUUACUAUGUGACAAUAAACUACGAAAU